UCAAUGUUGUCAGCUGUUGCCGUUUCGAAUAUCGCUGUGGCGCUGUCAAAUGACAUGAGUAUCAAGUUAGUUGUGGGAAUUUCGGCUUGACGGAUUUAAAUUUUCGCUUUCGUUACUGCAAAUGCGAGCCUUUUCACCACAGAAAAGGAAGAACCAUGGAACAGCCAAAUCAAACAAGAAUGGGUCGAGAUAUUGCCAUUUCAUGGCCAGAAAUAAUCCGGUGGGCUAAGAAACAGAGUUCAACUGCAUGUCUACGCAUGGCUCAAAAAAUAGAAAGAAUUGCUACUCACUACCAUAUUGCUGAGGCAUUAGAUGAUCUCGUGGCAUGUGCAGCACAAAAUCCGCUUAUAGCACUUUUCAUUAUUGCUGUAAUAGCAUCAUGUGGACUGCCAGUUUUGAUAUUCUUGUUGUUUGUAAUUAUCUCAUUCCUUAUUACAUUCACGGGAUUUGUUUUUAUUGAAGGAACAAUUCUUGCAAUAGGAUCAGCACUAUUCUGCGCAUUCAUAUUCAGUGCACUGACUACACUGGCAGUUACAGCUUCAGUAAUUGCUUUAAUGUAUUUGGGAUUAAAUGAAGCAUAUGAUUAUCUUCAGACAAAUCUCUCCAACAUUCAACAUUCUGAAGCCAACAUUCAGGAUGCUCGAGUGACAUCAAAUGAGGAGAGGAACUCAAUAUAAAAAUUAAUUUUGUAUUUGGCACCAAUUUAACUUGUUAACCAUGCAAGAAUAGCCAGAGCAAAAUGCAGAACAGAAAGGAAGAGAUAUUGCCUAUGAAGUUUUUUACAAUGUACGUUUAAACAUUUCUGCUGCUAGUGUCUGACAUUUUUACUUUGUAUUUAGGAUAAGUGAGGAUUCUGUAAUUCUUGCAAGAAAAUGGUUCCUUUAGAACUUAAAUAAUUCCUCAGGUGUCCAACAAGCCAUCGGUUUCUUCUUUUAUAGCUGAAACAGCAUUGAAGAGACUCUGUUUUGUGCAAACUGAAGAUCAGAAUAUUAUGUGAAUAUUCAGAUGUUAUUGGUAUUGCCAUGUUUUCCAACCAAAUAAUUUUUUAUUGUGAAAUUUAAUUCCCAAUCUGUAACUUAAAGGCACAAUGACAUCUUAGUGAUUUGAUUUACUUGUGAGUUGUGUAUACCAGUACCAUAAGAGUAUACCAUUAUCACUGAAACAUAACAACACUAUUAACUGGAUAAAGUAAGAAAUAAAAUGUAAUUAUUAUAUAUUGUGACAGUUGAAACUUUGUGACAUACCGUGAUUCAAACUUUAAUUUUGUUGGUUUAUGAGCAAUAAGUUCAUCUGCUAGACUAACUAUUCAUGAAAAGUUGGAGCAUACCUCCACAUCUGACACCAAUUUGUAAAUGAUGUUUCCAUCAUGGCUUCUGUUCAUUCAUUCGUUCAUUCAUUUCAGUUAGUUUAAUUCAAUUCAUAUGUAAAGGUAAAUGAGUGUUAUGAUCUGUGACAUCAGUCUUGAGAGAAUUUUCAUUUUCUUCUGUAUAUAUAUGAGUGUGAAGGAACACAUAGGUACUAAAAGCAAUGAAUGUGUAAAUAUGUGGAAAUUUUUUUGGCCACAUACUAAGAUGACAGCACGAUUUAUUGCAUAAGACUGAACAGUAGAAUAAUUGGAAGAAUAAAUUCAUUUAUAUUUGGA